AUGCCUGUACAGAUCUGCAGAGGUGGAGGUGAUUACCUCGCCGAGACGUACCUCACCGGAUCUGCGAAAGAAGCCGGCAGCCUCUUUGUAGAAGCAGAGGACCUCCUUGGCCAGGAGCAGUAUGCUGAGGCUGUGGAGAAGGGCAGAGCUGCCCUGAACGCUUUCAGGACUGCGGGCAGCCCCGGUGCCGCCGACUCGGCAAGACUGGUCGUGAAAGCCCUGGUGGGCACAGGCGACUAUGACAGCGCACAAGGGCUUGCUAAAGCCGAGCUAGCCCGCUACAGGGAGGCCGGCGACAAGAUUGGCGAAGCCAAGAUGUUGACAUCCAUCGGUGAGUCCACUUCCGCCAAGGAAGGAAAGGCCAAGGCAGAGGCCGUCGGCUCCGUGAAGGAAGCGCGGUCCAUCUUCCGAAACCAGGGGUCUAAGGAGUGGGAGGCAAAGGCGCUGCUCACCCUGGCUAACAUCAACAUGGGGAAGGACUCGGAUCUGGGAGCCGUGGAAACGGCGCUCAAAAAUGCCACUGAAGCGCGGGACAUAUGUCAAGAAUUUGACGACAAGCGCAUGGAGGCGGAGUGUCUUUUCAUGAUGGCUGAGACGAGGGGCAUUGUCUCGUCGCCGGACGACGCGCUCGAUGCAGCAGAUGAAGCCAUGGACUUGUACCUGGAGCUACGGGACAAGCGAAUGGAAGCUCGUGUGCUGAUGAGAAUGUCGGAGUGGAACAUAAAGCUGGGUGAUCAUGCCCGGGCUCUCUCCGAUGCAGAGGAUGCGCUGGAAAUCUACCAAAUGCUGCAGUCCUCGCAGGAGGUCAAGGCGCUCCGAAGAGUCUUUGAUGCUCACGUAGCCAGGAGUGACUUACGCAAAGCCCGUCUAGUGGCUGCCGAAGCCCUGCGGCGUUUCCGGGAGCAGAACAACAAGCCGGCGCAGGUAGAUGCUGUCCGCAUGCUCGUUGAGCUCUACGUGAAGGCAAACAGGGUGGAGGAAGCCUUAACAGCUGCAAAGCGAGGCAUAACCGUUUGCAAGGAGCUGGGAGACGUUGCUGCGCAGGCUUCCUUGAUGCUGGUAGUUGGACGUGCGCGGCUCCGAAUGGGCCAGCUGGAUAAGGGUAUAGCUAUCGCACAAGAUGCUUUUGCGAUGCUGAAGAGACUAACUGCCACUCCAAAGAUUUCGGAGGACAAAGUAGAAGCCAUGCACAUUCUGGUUGAAGCCAAUUACCACAGAGGCCACAAAGAUGAAGCCCUGGAUUUGUCCCUGGAGUUUAAGGAAACGUUCGAGCAACAGGAAGACAUGGCUGCCUAUGCGCAUGCACUUCUUAUUUGCGCGACUCUGGAGUUUAAAAAGGGCAACGUGGAGCAAGCCGCGACCUACAAUUCCAAGGCUCAGAGCAUCUUUAAUGACGAGGGCAUCAUGGCCGGCGAGGCCGAUUCCAUGAAGAUGCAAGCAGAAAUUGCAUGGAAGAAGAACGACUUCAAAAGUGCAAUCCGAUUUGCUGAGAAGGGCCGGGCGUUGUACAGAGAAUUGGGAAAGCCCGAGGGCGAGAUUGCGUGCAUGUACAUGAUCUCAGAGAAUGCAGUGCGACUCUCCGUCAAGGAAGGGGCCAAGAUCUUUGGCGAGGAGCCGAUCCCAAGGCAAGCGCGAGAUGCUUUGGAGAAAGGCAUCAAGCUUGCGGAAGCCGGCAUCAAGCUGGCCAAGAACACCGCGCUGUCGACGGCCCCAGAAUUGAUGGGAUCGCUGCUCUGCGCCAGGGCUCAGGGCUUGACGCUAAAGGCUCGAUUUGAGGAGGCUUUGGCCUGCGCUGACGAGGCUGUCCUGAUCUACAGAGAUCUGCUUUGCUAUCAGCUCGAGGCAAACGCGUUGAUGCUCUCCUGCGACAACUUGAGAGCGUUGCAGCAGAUUCGGGAAGCUGCCGAAGCUGCAGACGAAGCCUUAGCUCUUUAUCGUCACGUCCAGGAUGAUGCGGGUGAGAAUCUGGCGCUUGAAGUCAUAGCCACCUUCCAGGAGUACAUGCAGCAACAAGCACCGCAAUUUGUCCCGCCUCCUCCAACGCAAGCUGGCGCAGCUGCUCCUGGUCAAGUGCCUGUUUGGCUACAGCAGCAAGGCCAAGAUGGGCCGCCAGAAGCCGCUGUUGCCAAACAAGCCCCAGCCAGAGGGCCUGCUGGACCUGCCCUGGAUGUGAAGGCAGGUCUGAGCAUGGAUGUGAUCACGAACAAGGUCAAGGAAAUAGCCUUGAGAAUCACUGGCGCGGAUGACGGAGAGAUUGAAGCUGACACGCCGCUCAUGGAAGCCGGGCUUACCAGCAACUCCGCCAUUCUAAUGCGCGAUGAGAUCUCCCAAGCUCUUCCUGGUGUACAGUUGCCCGUAACUCUGGUUUUUGACUACCCAUCCGUGUCCGCUAUGACAGAGCUCAUCAUGCAGAGCACCGGAGGUGCAGCCAUUGGAAACUGA